GGGAAUUCAGGAAAGCUGAGCUCCCAAAGGCUAUCAAAAUAACUCGUGCAUACAGAACGUCAAAGAACUUUGAACGCUUGAAUGCAAGAAGAAACAUUUCUGCUCUCUGCACUUCUGCAUUGUGCCGCUGAAGCCUUUCCCAGGUUCCAUCUCCAGGCUUGGAGCUGUGCAGGCUUUUCCUGGGUCGUAUUGAAACACUGCCCGCUGGAACUUGAGGCCAUCCGUGGUAAGCAGGGAACGCAGAAAUUGCAAGAUGAAAAGCAGUGGGACUGAGAGAAGGAGGAGAGGUUUGCUCCUGGGAAAGGAAAGUGCAGAAACGGGAGGGGCUGCAGUGAGCAGCGUCGUGCGUUGCUACACAGAGCCGGGUACCGCUUCCUCAGCUCGCACGGGAACAGAUGAUGCGCUGUGGCAACGGGCUCCCUCGUACUCUUGCACAGGCUACGAACAUCGAAAGGUCAUGAGAGGGGUGGAGAAUGCUGUGACUGGACAUAAUACCAAAGCCAAAGUUCAGGUGACUGGCAAGAGGGCUGUUUUGGAAGAAAUAGGUAACAAAGUUGCAAGAGGAUCCAAUGUGCCCAAGAAAACGGACUGCAUCAAACCACCAGUAAAGGCUACGAAAGGACCUGGCAAGAUGACAAACACGGUUGUACCACCUAAACCUCCAGCUGCUGUGAAUCAAGCAGUCAAAGACACUACUACUGCUUCAAAGGUUCUGUCUCCCGUCCCUAUGGAUGUAUCUAUGCAAGAGGAGGAUUUGUGUCAAGCCUUCUCUGAUGUGUUGCUCCACAACAUAGAAGACAUCGAUGCGGAUGACUCGGGGAACCCCCAGUUAUGUAGUGACUAUGUAAAAGAUAUCUACCUGUAUCUGAGACAGCUUGAGCUGCAGCAAUCUGUGCGCCCACAUUACCUUGAUGGGAAGACGAUCAAUGGACGUAUGCGUGCAAUUUUAGUUGACUGGCUUGUCCAGGUCCACUCAAGGUUCCAGCUUCUUCAGGAAACGCUGUAUAUGUGUGUUGCAGUUAUGGACCGCUUCUUACAAAGUCAUCCAGUACCUCGUAAGAGGCUUCAGUUGGUGGGUGUAACAGCGCUGCUUCUAGCCUCAAAAUAUGAAGAGAUGUACUCUCCUGAUAUAGCAGACUUUGUUUAUAUUACCGACAAUGCCUACAACAGUGCUGAAGUUAGAGAAAUGGAGAUCACGAUUCUGAAAGAAUUGAACUUUGAUUUGGGACGGCCUCUUCCACUUCACUUCUUAAGAAGAGCAUCAAAAGCUGGGGAGGCGGAUGCUGAGCAACAUACGCUAGCAAAAUACCUAAUGGAACUGACACUGAUAGACUACGACAUGGUGCACUAUCACCCUUCAGAGAUCGCAGCCGCUGCGCUGUGCUUGUCGCAGAAGGUUCUGGGCCAUGAUAAGUGGGGUACAAAGCAGCAGUACUAUACUGGGUAUGCAGAAGACAGUCUUGCAAUGACUAUGAAGCAUAUGGCCAAGAACGUCGUCAAAGUAAAUGAAAACUUAACAAAAUAUACUGCUGUAAGGAACAAGUAUGCAAGUAGCAAACUCCUGAGGAUCAGCACAAUCUCUCAACUGAACUCUAAGACUAUCAAGGACCUAGCUGCAUCACUCUUAUAACCCUAGGCAGAUGUGUUCUGAUGAUAUAUGCACUUUGUGUCAUCCUCAUUUGCCUACUGAGGAAAAACUACUGCCCUGUGUAAAUAGUAUUCCGGCCCUACCACCAACAUUUCAGACUCAUCCUGAAGUUUUAAACUUGCUUUGUACUACAACUGUAUACCUAGAAAUAAAGCUCCUCUCUUUCAAAAAAAUAAAACAAAAACGCAAUUAUUCCUGCCA